AGUCUAUUACUAUUUGAGUUCUGAUCUAAAGACAUUAUACAACUAUUAGGUUAGGUUUGCGUAUUUGUAAACUCUCGUUUAAUUUAUUAUUAUCGUUUCCUGCUAAUAUAAACAACAUUGUAAAAUCAAAUGCUAUAUUUUUUUUCUAAAACUUCUCGAGACAAACUAUUAUGUAUGAAUCGAAUGUUAAAAAUAGGACUUUUUAUAUAUUGAAAAUAACAUAUAAAUACGUAAGUUCAUUUUUUUAAUAACUGGCAACACUGUUUUGCCUUGACGUACUGAAUGCGAAGUACAGUGCAGGUGAACGUGAACAUAUAAAUAUUUUAUUGUGUAUUUUUCGAAAAUUUUCUCUAUUAAACGUAAAUAUAACAACCUUUUGGACAAUUAAUACCAAAAUAUGGGUGUAUGAAUAGGUUAUAGACGGAAACUUUGUGCUCGAAACCAUCGUGGACUGCUAUCCUGAGCUGUGAAAUUUCACAUUCAGUGAUGGCUGAUCCUGAUCCGGAAACCCUAUUGGAAUGGCUGAAUAGCGGCAUGGGCGAUGAGCGCGAUAUGCAGCUUAUCGCCCUUGAGCAGCUCUGUAUGUUACUGUUAAUGUCCGACAAUGUAGAUCGAUGUUUUGAGAGUUGUCCACCGAGAACAUUUUUACCGGCAUUAUGUAGAAUUUUUCUAGACGAACAAGCCCCAGAAAAUGUAUUAGAAGUCACCGCUCGCGCCAUCACUUAUUAUCUGGACGUUUCAGCAGAGUGCACAAGAAGAAUUGUUGCUAUUGAGGGAGCUGUAAAAGCUAUAUGUAAUAGAUUGGUGGUAGCUGAAUUAUCGUCUAGAACUAGUAAGGAUUUAGCCGAACAAUGCGUAAAGGUGCUCGAAUUAAUAUGUACCCGAGAAGCUGGAGCAGUAUUUGAUGCAGGUGGAUUGAGUUGCAUCCUACCCUUUAUUCGCGAUAAUGGUCAAAGAGUUCAUAAAGAUACACUUCAUUCCGCUAUGGCUGUCGUUUCUAGAUUAUGCACAAAAAUGGAACCAGCAGAUGCUCAAUUGCCCACUUGUGUCUCUGCACUCAGCACGUUAUUACAUCAUGAAGAUUCACAUGUGGCUGAUGGUGCGCUAAGGUGUUUCGCUUCUGUUGCGGACAGAUUCACACGGAGAGGAGUAGAUCCAGCACCUCUUGCACAACAUGGUUUAGUAAAUGAACUGUUGAGCAGACUCUCAAACGCUGCAGGCCCAACUGCGGCCAGUGGUACCCAAACUACUCCAGGUAAAACACCAUCAACCAGUAACCCAACAACAGUUACAGCUGAUUCUAAAGCAAACGCAGCUUCCGUUUCUACAAUAAUUAGCCUUCUGUCGACUCUCUGUAGAGGAUCUCCUUCUAUUACUCAUGAUUUACUGAGAUCAGAAUUAUUGGAUGCUAUAGAAAAGUCUCUAAAAGGAGACGAACGAUGCAUAUUAGAUUCGAUGCGUUUAGUUGAUCUUCUUUUGGUUCUACUUUUCGAAGGUAGAAGAGCUUUGGGAAAGUCCGGAUCGUCAUCAUCUGGACAACUUAUGCCUAGAAUGAGACGUAUGGAUUCUGCAGCUGAAAAAUCCCAUAGACAAUUAAUUGAUUGCAUAAGAUCUAAAGACACUGAUGCCUUAAUUGAAGCAAUAGAAAAUGGAGGGGUUGAAGUGAACUUUAUGGAUGACGUUGGACAAACUCUUUUAAAUUGGGCUUCGGCAUUUGGUACCCAUGAAAUGGUCGAGUAUCUAUGCGAAAAAGGGGCGGACGUUAACAAAGGCCAACGAAGUUCAUCAUUACAUUAUGCUGCUUGUUUUGGUCGUCCUGCAAUAGCCAAAGUUUUAUUACGUCAUGGUGCUAAUCCAGAUUUGAGAGACGAAGAUGGAAAAACACCCCUAGACAAAGCAAGAGAAAGAGCGGACGAAGGUCAUAGAGAAGUAGCAGCAAUUUUACAAAGUCCGGGCGAAUGGAUGAUACCAGUCGAUAAAGAAAGAAGUAGGAAAUCAGAAUCUGAGAAUGAAGAUAGCAUCGAACCUAGAGGUGAUCCAGAAAUGGCCCCUGUAUACUUACAACGAUUAUUACCUGUAUUUUGCGCAACAUUGCAAUCUACUAUGCUGGCAAGUGUUAGAAAAGCCAGCUUGGGGUUAAUUAGAAAAAUGGUACAUUACAUACAACCAAAUUUAUUGGCGGAACUUUGUUCUUUGGAAGCGAAUCCUAAUUUUGGAACACAAAUUGUUGAAGUUAUCGCUACUGUGUUAGAUAAUGAGGAUGAUGAAGACGGACAUUCAGUAAUUUUAUUAAUUAUUCAAGAUUUGAUGGUGAAAUUACAAGAUGUCUUCUUAGAUCAUUUUGCAAGAUUAGGAAUUUUUACUAAAGUGCAAGCUUUGGCCAGUCCGCCCGAAAUACAAGAAAACGAAGAAACCGAAACAACCAAUGAAGAAACUACUGAAUCUGUUCAAAUUGAAGAUGCCAAGGAAAUAUUACCCGGUAAAGCUUACCAUUGGAGAGAUUGGUCUAUAUGUAGAGGAAGAGAUUGCUUGUAUAUUUGGUCGGAUGCUGCAGCUUUGGAAUUGUCAAAUGGUUCGAAUGGUUGGUUCAGAUUCAUAUUAGAUGGAAAAUUGGCUACUAUGUAUUCCAGUGGGUCUCCAGAAGGAGGAGCUGAUACAUCAGGGAAGAGUCGUGCUGCCGAUUCCCUUACAACAGAAGAAAACCGUGGAGAAUUUCUUGAAAAAUUGCAAAGGGCCCGUUCGGCAGUUAGAUGCGUUAACAAUUCGACACCUCUUCUUUCAAAACCAGGCGCUACACGAUUAGUAGUAGGAAAUUGGUCAUUAACGUCGAGGAAGGAAGCUGAAAUACAUAUACAUAAUUCAGAUGGACAACAACAAACUACAAUUUUACGAGAAGAUCUCCCUGGAUUUAUUUUUGAAUCGAACAGAGGCACCAAACACUCAUUCAUUGCUGAAACAUAUUUAGGUCCAGAAUUUUCUGCAGGAUGGACCAACAAGAAAGGCAAACGAUUGCGUUCCAAAUUGGAAGCGACUAAAAUGAAAGUGAAAUAUUUGGCUCACCAAAUUUAUGAACAAUAUUUCAGAGUAGCACAAGCCCAACCCAGAGGCAUUGUUGCCAAAUUAGGAAACAUUGUUGCGCAAAUAGAACGUGCAUGUCAAAAGCAAUGUUCGUAUGGAAACAACAGAGAAGGUGGAAAUAGUUGGAAGGAGAUUCUCCAUAAUGCUUUAGAUGAAUUGACAGAAAUUCUUAUGGAAGAUGGGGUUGUAUCUGCAUAUGAGUUACAUAGCUCCGGUUUAGUACAAGCUUUAUUGUCGUUAUUAUCUACCAGCUAUUGGGAACAAGGCUUGAAAUCGAGCAAAAUGAAUAAAUUACAAAAACAAAGAGUACAAGUAUUCAAGCAAUGCUUUAGAAAUAAAAUCAACGAAGAUAAAUCGCCCUAUUUAAUUUUAGUCCAUAAGUUAAUAUCUGUCCUGGAAAGUAUUGAAAAACUGCCUGUUUACUUAUAUGAUACCCCCGGUACUGGUUACGGUCUUCAAAUAUUAACCAGAAGAUUAAGAUUUAGAUUAGAAAAAGCCGCAGGUGAAAGUACUUUGAUUGACCGAUCAGGAAGAAGUUUGAAAAUGGAACCUUUGGCAACUGUAGCGCAGUUAGAAAGAUAUUUAUUGAAAAUGGUAGCGAAACAAUGGUACGAUUACGACCGCAGUACCUUUCAAUUCCUUAAAAAAUUGAAAGAAUCCAAAUAUCAAACUUUCAAACACACUCACGAUUUCGACGAAAACGGUCUGAUAUAUUUCAUCGGUACAAAUGGUAAAACAAGCUCCGAGUGGGUUAAUCCGGGACAGUACGGACUUGUAACUGUUACUAGUUCAGAUGCGAGAAAUUUACCUUACGGUAGGGUAGAAGAUAUACUUUCUCGAGAUACAUCAGCUUUAAAUUGUCACACAAACGACGACAAACGCGCUUGGUUCAGCAUAGAUCUUGGCGUCUACAUAAUACCGACAGCUUAUACACUCAGACAUGCCAGAGGAUAUGGAAGAUCGGCUUUGAGAAAUUGGCAUUUCCAAAUGUCUAGAGACGGUAACACUUGGACUACGUUAUACACUCAUACUCACGAUAUGUCUCUUAAUGAUCCUGGUAGUACCGGUACGUGGCCGAUAGAAGUUUCCCCAGAAGAAUCGCAAGGUUGGCGACACGUCAGAAUACAACAAGCCGGUAAAAAUGCAUCAGGUCAAACGCACUAUUUAAGUUUGUCUGGAUUCGAAAUUUACGGACAAGUGACGAGUAUAUGUGAAGAUAUGGGCAAGGCGCACAAAGAACAAGAGGCACACAUGAGAAAACAACGACGUUUAGUCAAAUCGCAAUUACUUAAACAUAUGACUGUGGGCGCUCGAGUCGUUAGAGGUGUUGAUUGGAAAUGGAGAGAUCAAGAUGGAAAUCCAUCUGGUGAAGGUACUGUCACCGGAGAACUUCACAGCGGAUGGAUAGACGUGACUUGGGACCAUGGUGGUUCCAAUUCGUAUCGUAUGGGAGCUGAGGGCAAAUACGAUUUGAAGCUAGCUCCCGGAUAUGACGUAGAAACCACCGUCGCCUCGUCUUCAAAACAAUGUUCCGGAUUGAAGCAAAAGAACGACAAAGACAAACAAAGCGUUUUAACUAGUAGAAAAAGUAGUUCUACUCCUAGUUUGCCGGAAGCGACAGAUGCUAAAGCUUCAGUAGCUAGUACGGAACAAGCUGCGUCAGCAGAUAAUUUGGCAGCUAAACAAGCCGCAGAAACGAUUGCUGAAAGCGUAUUAUCAGUAGCGCGUAACGAAGCACUAGUUGCUGUUACAAGUGAAUCGCAAUCAGUAUCAAAUGAAAGUGAACUAUCAGUUGUAGUACAUCCGCAUAAUGAUCUCUCUACUAUAAAUAAUUCCACCGAUUUGGCAACGAUAGUCGAAAGUUUAACAUUAUGUGAUACCGAUUCCCAAAAACCGACGUCGAACACUAAUUCCAAUUCGAAUACAAAUAAAUCGAAUCGUAAUUCGAAGAUGAGUAAUUCGCAGGCCGCGGUAGCUGCUCAAAGUUUCGUAGAGGCGGUUGAGGUUCUAGAUAAAUUACGUGAAGGUUCCGAUAUGCUUAGAAAUAAUACUAAUAACUUUUUAUCGGCCGAAUUAUUACAAUCUGCUUUGAAUCUCGGUCAGAGCGGACAUCAGCUUUCCGGCGUUAAAAUAUCGGUGUCGGGUAAUUCGGAAACGGACGAGGAAAAGCCGCCGAGGCGAAAAACUGAUUCGGUGAAAGGCGGAAAUUGUAGUAGUGAUAAAGAUGAGGCUGUGACGAAUACUAAUAAUGCUAAGAACAGUAGUAAUAAUACCAUUGUAGUGACGAAUCCGAUGAGUGUCAGUGUACCGAAUUUAACCACAGAAUCAAAUAGCCAGAUUGAACCUACAUCGACAGCAGUUUUGAAUUUCUCAGGUCUGCUGGAAACGUUUGCAGCAUUAGCUCGAAGGCGUACAUUAGCUUCAGUAACAUCAUCAAAUACAUCAAGUACCAACCCGAAUAAUCCUCAAAAUGUCAACAAUGCCCAAAACAACCAAAACAGCAGUUCACUGUUUCAACGUGCUCCGAAUUCCGUAUCUAGUUUAGUCCGUCUAGCGUUAUCGAGCAAUUUCCCUAGUGGUUUAUUAAGCACAGCACAGAGUUAUCCUAGCUUAUCGUCCAGUUAUAAUCCAGGUAACCCAGCAGGAGGCAUAUCUACCACUGCUGGUGCUGUUCAAGGACUAAGUCAAGCCCUUACAAUGAGCCUAACGUCUACAAGCAGCGAUAGUGAACAAGUGUCUCUAGAAGACUUUUUAGAAUCGUGUAGGGCACCGACAUUGUUAGCGGAGUUGGACGAUGAUGAAGAAAUGGGAGAAGAUGAUGACAACGAUGAUGACGAAAACGAAGACGAUCAUGAUUAUGAAGAAGUUAUGGUAUCAAGAAAUUUGUUAUCGUUCAUGGAGGAGGAAUCAUUUGAAGCUAGACCAACUAAGAGACGAUCUUGGGAUGAUGAAUUUGUAUUGAAGAGACAAUUUUCAGCGUUAAUACCAGCUUUCGAUCCCAGACCUGGUAGGACCAACGUUAAUCAAACAACUGAUCUGGAAGUUCCACCACCGGGUCAAAAUGAAACUCCUGCUAUAUCUGAACAUGAACUGCUUCCACAACCCAAAUUGCAGUUGAUAUUGAAAGGUCCAAAUAUGCCUGGAAUUGCUGACGUAGAAAUCGAAUUGACUGAUCGUUCGUGGACAAUAUUUAGAGCUGUUCAAGAAUUAAUGCAAAUGACUGAAUUCAAUUCAAAACUAGAAAAACUUAGAAGAAUUUGGGAGCCGACAUAUCUUAUCAUAUACAGAGAACUGAAAGAUGACAUUAGUUAUGAUACAGAAGAAGGUAGAGCCACACCGGUAGCAACACAAUUUUCUCGAAGCGGAAGUAGUUCUGUAGCUGGUACAACUCUUUCUCCGAGCACUCCAAUACCUGGAACUCCUUCUGUAUCAAAUUGUACAGUCGAAGAUGUUCUGCAACUCCUAAGGCAUCUUUUUGUAAUCACAACAUCCAAAGAAAAUGAUCUCAAAAUAUUUGAAAACUCUGAUAUACCCGCAGAGGAAUAUUCCAGUAAAAAGCUCACAAAUAAAUUGCUGCAACAAAUACAAGAUCCCUUGGUACUUUCCAGUUCAAGUUUACCAGCAUGGUGCGAAGAGCUCAACCAUUCUUGUCCAUUUUUGUUCCCGUUCGAAACAAGACAAUUGUAUUUCAAUUGUACUGCCUUUGGUGCUUCACGAAGUAUCGUUUGGUUACAAACACAACGAGACGUUACAAUGGAACGACAAAGGACGCCGGGUCUUUCGCCUAGAAGAGACGAUCCGCACGAAUUUAGAGUUGGAAGAUUGAAACACGAAAGAGUUAAAGUGCCUAGAGGAGAGCAACUGUUCGAUUGGGCCAUGCAAGUUAUGAAGAUUCACGCCAAUAGAAAAUCCAUUUUAGAAGUAGAAUUUGCUGAAGAAGAAGGAACAGGUUUGGGCCCCACGCUCGAAUUUUACGCAUUAGUAGCAGCAGAAAUACAAAGGCGCGAUUUAGGUAUGUGGAUAUGUGAUGACGAAGCCAUAAGCCUAAAUGAGCCAGUAGAUCUUGGAGAAGGUAUGAAACCACCAGGAUAUUAUGUACGAAGAUCAUCAGGCCUUUUCCCAGCUCCUUUACCGCAAAGUUCUGAAGCUUGUGAUAAAGCCGUGAAACAUUUCUAUUUCCUUGGAGUAUUUUUAGCAAAGGUUCUUCAGGACAAUCGUCUGGUUGACUUGCCUUUAAGCAACAGUUUCUUGAAAUUGAUGUGUCAUGGAGAAAUUCAAAAUACAGUCAAUGAAAGAAUAGGUUUCGCUGGUAUCAAAAAACCGGCUGAAGAAGAUAUAAUGACAUCUAGUUUUAUAUCUGAAGAAAGUGAAAAAGAAUUAGAACUCGAUCCGCCAAAGUUAAUAACGGAAGAAAAGAGGCCUUGGUAUUACAAUAUUUUAGGAGAAGAAGACUUGUACGAUAUAGAUCCGAUAAGAGCUAGUUUUCUGAAACAAAUUCGCGAAUUGAUCAAACAAAAACAGAAAAUCAUUCAAAAUCACGCUUUAACGCCGGAACAAAGAAGCCACCAGAUACAAAAUUUAUCUUUAAAUCAUUCAUCUGGAGCAGUACCUUUAGAAGAUUUAGCUUUAACGUUUGCAUAUUUGCCCAGUUCUAGCAUAUAUGGAUUUUCGAGUGUAGAUUUAGUUCCUAAUGGUGCUGAUAUAGAAGUUAAUCUCGAUAAUGUAGAAGAAUACGCGGAAUUGACUACAGCGUUCUGUUUAGAUAAGGGUGUAGCUAGACAAUUGGAAGCUUUCAAUAAAGGAUUUUCCUUAGUCUUUCCUAUUGAAAAACUGGCAGCGUUUAGUCCCGAUGAAAUGCGCAUUAUGUUAUGCGGUGAUCAAAAUCCGGAAUGGACAAUGGAAGAUCUUCUUAAUUAUACUGAACCCAAGCUAGGAUACACAAAGGAUAGUCCUGGAUUUUUGAGAUUUGUCAAUGUACUUGUAAAUAUGUCGCCGGAAGAAAGAAAAGCCUUUUUGCAGUUUACGACUGGAUGUAGUUCGCUACCUCCCGGUGGUUUAGCAAAUCUGUAUCCAAGAUUAACGAUAGUUAGAAAAGUUGAUGCUGGUGAAGGUUCUUAUCCUUCAGUAAAUACCUGCGUACAUUACCUAAAAUUGCCUGACUAUCCCACAGAAGAAAUAUUAAGGCAAAGGCUAUUAGCAGCUACUAAAGAAAAAGGUUUUCAUUUAAAUUGAAUAGAAUAUUCCACAUCUUAGCCACGUUGAUUUGUCCAAUUAGUCAUCAGCUCUUCACAUGUACGAGCUUAAUUGCUUUACUAUAAACUAUUUAUAUAUAAAAAAAAAACUUCAUUUGUGAUUAUAGAGGGACAGUCAACGAUUUAAAUUAAAAUUUGUAUUAUUUCUUUUAAGCUAUUAUUGUGUAAUAUUAGAUCAAAAUGAAACUUAUCGAAAGUACUGAGAAUUUUUGUAUUUAUAAUCUUGAAAUUAUAUGAAACUUUUCAAAAGUAUUUAAAAAAAAACUAUCAAUAUGAAAGGCGUCUCUUGUUAAAAAUAUCGAGUUCGCUUAAUGAUCUUAGAGUGAUAUAGAUUUUAAUUGUGACCAAAUUUUUGAUUGUUAGAAUUUAUGUCUAUGGGGGGGAGGGAGUAUUUUUUGUGAUUUUUGUAAAUUAUAUGUAUAUUUGUUAUAAUGGCUAUCGAUUAAGUAUCAUUUACCAGAUUUUUCUCUUUAUUAUGAAUAGAAAAAUAUUCUGUAAUAAAAACACAGAAUAAAUAACUUGAAAAUCAUGAUAAUAACACAGCUAGCGCUAUGGACUAAUAAAAUGAUCUUAUAAUUGAGAAUAAACUAUCUUUUGCAGAACAUAAGCUUUUUCUCACAAAAUCGAACAAUUAGAGCAAAUUACCGGUCUUUUUAUAUGUUCCUGCUAUUAAGUUUCCAUUUUACUUUAUCUAAAACAUUUUUUCUCAGCCUUUGAACCCAUUUAUUAUGCUUUUGCAAGGAAAAAGAGGAUUCGCUUAUUAUAUUGUCAGUGUAAAUAUUUGUUUGUGAAUUGUUCUGUCAAUCUAAACAUUUGUUUGAGGAUUGUUUUGUGUUUAUAAACGUUUGCAGAUUAUUUUAUGAGUGUGAAUAUUUUGUUAUAUGAUCAAACUCAUAAUGAAAUUUUGACUUCUAAUAAAACAAUCUACUAUUGAGCCUCAGGAACGAUAUAAUUUUCUCCGUUCAAUAAUCAUUAACAGACAUAAAUCACCCCUUGAUUACACAAAAUAAAAUUUCAGAGUCGAGUGCAUGGCUUCCAACUGCCAUAAAACAAUUUCCAUUAGGAUUUCAUUCAUAGUUGAGUCACGUUCUUUGAUGACAUACACAAAAUUGAGCCAGCAGAAAAGAGGACGAAAUGUGGGAUCCCCUAAGCCAACUCAACGAUUCGCGCCAUAAUACUUAAGUGAAAAACGGAUGCUAUUGUUAUAUACUGACGAUACGGACUAGAUGUGGGAAUUAUUGUAUGAUAUAGCAGAGGCUGACAAGAAUAUUUUUCAUUAAAAAAAAUUGGGGCUAGGUAUAAAAUUACCUUUCUUAGAUGUAACUUAUAUUCUCGUUGAAAUAAGCUAUUUAAUACUUUUUCUACAUACAGAUACUUUCAGUUUUUAGUACAGGUAUUAAGACAAAAUGUAGAAUUUCUUCAUAAUUAGCUAUUUUUUUGUUACAAAAUUCGAACAAAUUUAUUAUAAUAUUCCACUUUCUAGAACUUCAGAACCAAAUUUAAAAUCAUAUUCCCUUUACAAAUGGGCAAAGACACAUUUAGGAGUACCAGCAGAAACAAAAGGCAGAGAAAGGAGAAGCCUUUGCCCCUUGGCCACAAUAUUUCAAACAUCCUAUUUCAGAUAUUUUGUGAGGAAAAAAAUGUAUAUGCAUAUCAUUGUGCUUGUUUAUUUUUUCUCUAGUUUUUGACCCAAAUCAAUAUUUUCGUCCAAUCAAUAGAUACUUUCUAAAUAUAUCGAUAACACCAUUUUUUCUUUGCCUCUUCUGUUUUCAUUGUUUAUUUUUUUUUGUCUCACAUAACCUGUCCCUUCUUGUACUUUCUUCUCUGUUUUAAUAUUCUUUUACUGAUUGUUUUAGCAGGGAAACAAUGUAUUUGCAGUUGUUUUGUUUGCUUAUUACUUUAUCAUUGUUAGAUUUUUGCAGAUUUGUUCACAUGAUGAUUUGGGGAUUGUUUUAUCGGAGUAAAUAUUUGUUAUUUGAUUAAUUGAACAAUAACUUACAGAAACCAUUUCUGAUUGAAAUCAAUUAAAAUUUCAUCAAAUGAAAUAAGGACAUCGCAUCUCCGCUCAAAUAGUGUCAAAAGUCAAAAAAAAUUUGAAAAUCUCUUCCACUGAAUUGGUGCUAGAAAACUUGAAAAUUUUAUUUCAAAUAAUGUCAUAUAGUUACUAUUGUGGUAACCUUGUCAGUUUUUAAUUUAUAAUCCGAAAAGUGAGAAUCGAAGUUAGAUUCAAUUUCAAACGCUUAUUACUAGAUAGAUUGUGUUUUUGACACUAUUUGAACUGGUGCGAUAUGCCUGUUUUACUUUGCCUAUUUUGUUGUCAUUUAUAAUACGUGCUCUUGAUAUCUUUUCAACGCUUUUUGUGGUCCUUUAAUAAAUAUAUCUUUUUAUGUUUCACGUAUCCAAAUGAAGUUCUUGACGUGAUAAGAAUUACAGGAUCAAGAAAUUUCGAAUUUUCCAAAUCAUUUUGGUUUUUUUUUCUUUAUUUGAAAAAUGCUUUUUGUAAUAAAGAGAAAAUCAAGGUUAUUAAUUUUAUCAUCACCUGAUACACCAGGUAAAUUGAAAGAAAUGCAAAUAAAUGUUCGUUAUUAAUAACGAACAAGAAUAAAAGGAAUAUAUUUAUAACUACCUGAAAGGUCAUGUUUAUAAAGAACCCAGUAUUUUUCUUUCAACAGAUAAGUAUCAAUUUUAUAUGAAAAAUGAAGCGCCGGAGAAUUUUUGAUUUUUUUGUUCUUUUUGGGUUUAAAUGGCUUAAAAGGAGAAUCGACUGCUAUUCAUAGUAGUCUUAAGUUUGUUAGGUAUUUGUUUAAUUGUAGUUUAUAGUCAUACUGGGCAAGACAAGACGGACGUUAUAAAUGCACAUUAUUUUUUUUGUGGGAACUUUUGGUUUACAUUUUUACUUCUUGCUUGGAACUAUUUUCUGCUAGACACUACUUUAAAUAUUUGUAGAGAGACAUGUCUGUAUAUGUAUUAGAUGUUAAAAACAUAAUAUCAAUAAAAACUCUCUUUAAA